AUGCUGGCCCUUCGUGACCAGGAAAACCUGGUGAAUGCUCACCAGACCGCCGCCGCCAACAAGCCUUUGAACCAGGGAGUAAAGCAACUCGGCCCCAAGACUCCCGGUAGGAAGGUACGCCUCAAUGACGAAAACAAUACCAUCGCAUUUGGAAAGCAGACUGUCAAGGGCAAUGGAAACCGCUUGGAGAAUGGAAAACCGGGCAAAGAUGCGUUCGUGACGCCCAUGGACACGAAGAACCGAGCUGUUUUGGGAAAUAAGACAACCAACCUCAAGGCCAAAGGUCUCCAGACUCCGGCCCCAUUCGGAGGAACGUUGAAGCCCGAGAGAACCAACCGCAGAGCGUCUACUCAGAAGGUCAAAAAGGCUGCUCCGGUCACUCAGCAACCCCAGACAAAGGUUCAUUUGGAUGCGCCCCAGGAUGAUGUGGCGGAUAUUGAAUAUAUGCCCCCAAGGGCUCGAGAUCUCCCGGACUUUCCAGAUGACCUUGCCUAUGAUACUACGUACCCUCAAUUCCGGCCUCGGAACCGUGCCCUGGGAUUGGAGAGUGUGUACGGACGACAAGAAGUCGGCCGCGACGGCCUGACAAAGAAGCAGCGCAAAUUCCAGGAAGAUUCUGCUAAGUGUGACAAAAUGGUUGACGAAAUGAUCAUGAAACAGCUCGACGCCGUGAGUUUCAAUGAGCGCAGCGAAGAUGAGGCCGUUAAGCCAGUGGCACGAGUGCCGCUGGGAUCGACUACCCGCUCUAAGGCACCAUCCUCCAAUACCAGACCUUCUCGAAACAUCCCUACACUACGAUCUCGUGAGGCAGCAGCGGCUCUGUCUGCACCCAAGACUAGAUCCGCCUCAGUUAGAGUUGCUGCAGCUCCCAAGCCCAGUGUGGUAUCCUCCCUGUUGAUGCCUAAGAAGAAGGCCCGGGUUCCUACUAAUCCCUCGCCCAUGCGGAACACCGCAGCUGCAAUGAACUCCAACACCACUGUUGGUUAUUCAAAGGGCCGUAGUGUCUCAUCUACGUUGCGGGAGAAUGAGGUCAGCGCAAAGACUCCUCUUUCCCCCGAGACCUAUAUGCAGCUUUACGGACCGCCUCCUCUGGAUUCGGAGAUGUGGACUCGGUGCAAAGCUGCAGGCUGUUUUGACACCGAUGAGAAUGCUGGACAGGAGCUCCAAGAGUGUCUCCCCACUUUCGUCGAAGAUGAAGAGGCCGACAGCUUUCAGCUUACGCUGUAG